AGUUUCCGAGAGUUACUGAUUUAAUUACAUUGUGAGGGUAUUUUAUAACGACAUGAAAAAGUAAACAUUAUUCAAAACGAGCCCCAAUAAUAAGAAUUCAUUCCAAAAAUUCCAUCACUUACACAUCGUUGUCAAACAAUCAAGAAGUCAUGCUUUUUGUGGCUAUGUUAUACUUUAGUAUAUUGAAAAGCUUCUCGAACAUACUACUCAGUGAAUCUUCAACUGAAUCCACUACCCCUUUUGUAUUACACUGCCUCACUAAUAGACAUCCCUAACGUGAAUGUGACACCACCGGCGUCGUGGUGCAUCUGCCUCAAUCCGUCCCAAAAUAAAGCAUGGCAAUAUGCUCACCCGAAAGUGCGAGAUACAUCGAGCCCCAAUCCUGAGAUACACACAUAGCAGGGAUAUACGCAUUACAUCCGGCGGCAUUCCGGCGACAGUUUCGGUGCUGCUGUACGGCCGUUAUCGAUCAAACACCAAAACGCCGGCCUCCGAAAGGACGAAGUUGCUCGAACUCGAACACCGGCUCCAACGCCUGGCCCCGUACUGAUAGUGACCUGAAGCACUUUUUCGAUGGCGUGCCUGAUUUCAGGCCAGAUGUCCUGGCAUACUUCCCCUUUUCGAGUUUUUGCGUGUCUUGCGCCUGACGGCUACUCCCCGCGAAGGUGAUUUGUCAUACCGUUGCCCUCAGCCCGGCACAUCGUCAGACACAAAAGCCCCCCCAACAAACACGCCGACCGUCUACUAUGAUUGGGUGAAACUUUUUUUUAUGGGAUUUGUUUAGUUUUCGGUUACGGCUGAGCCUGAGCCCGCUCAGUGCAACGAUAUCACUGAUCCCGGGCAGGUGGAUUUGGAUAAACGAAAAGUUGUACCGCUGCAAAAGUAAAUGGGAAAGUGUUCUUGAUCCACCAAACCACGGCAAUCAUCAUCAGCAGAACCUCGAAGCCGUGAGCCACAGUAGUACACUAAUCUUCACGGAAAAGUGCAGCGCCUUCAAAAGAUCAAACCUCAAUCUGUUGUAACGUUCGUGUCCCAAGUGCAUAUAUCAUGCAGUGUGUGUGUUACAAGCCAUAACUACUGCCUGGGCUGAGUUAGUACACACCAGCGAGAAGAGUCGGAAGUGCUUUUAAGUGUCAAAUUCCCUUCACCAGACAAGCGAUAUCCGCCAUCAGCGCGCGCGUGGUACGAUUGUUUGAUUUAUGGAAUGACGAGUUACGAUUGACGGGAAACGAUGUUUUCCGGUCCGUGUUACAACUGCGGUCAUUUCGUGUCUUCAGGACACCGGAACGAACAGUGCCGACGCUACUAACAAACGAACAAUCGCCAUGGUGUCGGUGGUUACCGCGUCCUCCCAUCUUUACGUCACCGGUGUCGACGGUUGCGUGUAAAUAAUCAUCGGAAGCUUUCUUCCCCCCAGAGUAGUACAUAGCGCAUUGUCACGAUGGGUGACUUUGGAUCAGACUGCCAAUACACAUCAGCCCCGGCCUUUUAUCGAGAAGCUAACGUCGGUAAAGAAGCCCAAAUCCUACAGUUCGGUUACCCACUGCUAUCAACUGGUGAAACUACUGCAAAGGAAGCUUAACUUCAAGCUUGUGAUGUUUUUAACCAGCGACUGGCGGUUCGAUCUCAUCGGUCAAAACUCUUCGCACGGUGUGGUGGGACAGGUAGAGACUAGGCUGGUCGACUUUUCGAUCACACCGUUUGCAAUAACACCGGAACGUAUAGCGAUUUGUGACUUUACCAUCGAAGUCGGACACGGAACCUUCUACACCGUGUUUCGACAUCCAAAAAGUUUAAACGAAAACAACAUAUUCCUGUUACCGUUCGAGACGUCGCUUUGGAUAGCGAUCUGUCUCACCUUCGGUGCGGCCGCUCUCAUCAUAUCGAUAUCGAUCCUGUGCACUCCUCGCACCGAUCGGGCCCGUUCGUUCAUCGACCGGUUGGGAGAAGAUUCACUGCUCUGUACGGUGGGAAUAGUGUGCCAGCAGGGACUGCACCAUCGGGUCACCAUGUUGACUUCCAUCAAGAUACUUCUGCUGAUUGCGAUGGUGUCGUCGAUGCUGUUGGUGCAGUUCUACUCCACCUUCAUCGUAGGAUAUCAGCUCAUAAUGCCACCGAAAACCAUAAACACGCUGGAGAAGCUGAUGGACAGUGACAUUAAGAUGUCGGUCGAAAAUCUGAGCUAUCAGUAUGAUUUCUUUCACCGCACCAAAAGCCCGGAGGCACUGCGACUGUACGAAACGAAGAUUCUGCCCAACAAGUAUGGGUUUGUCAACUUAACGUUCGGCAUGCAGCUGGUCAAGCGCGGAGGCUAUGCAUUUCACUGUGAAACCUCCUACGGCAAUGCACUCAUCAUAGAUACCUUUACCGAUCGAGAAAUCUGUGAACUGCAGCAGCUUCAGCUUUACCCACAACGGCCCGUCCAUCUGCCGAUGGUUAAGGGCAGCCCGUUGCGCGAACUGUUCAAGGUCAAUUUGCAGCUGCUCAAGGAAAGGGGCCUGAUGGCGUAUCACCACUCGCGGAGCUACAUUCCCAGACCAAAGUGUAACAGGCAGAGCAACAACCACACCGAACCGAUCCAGCUUACCGAUGUGAAGUUCGCCUUUCUUCUGCUGGCCGCUGGAAUGGCUGCCAGUGUUGCGGCGUUACUGUGGGAGUGCGGUUGCGUGCGCCUCCGACACUGGUGGCUCCAAACACCGGUCACCACCGGGCCGGAAGGAUUUGUGUGGCUUAAUUAAACCACGCCGGGGAAUUGCAUACCACCAUUAUGUACUUUGCACCUGAUAAUCACCAAACUAUGAAAUACAUCACACUCUGUUUCGGUCGCUUGUUGGUUGGUUCGUGUGCAUCAUCACUAUCUAGAAUGGGCAAGGAAAGGAGAGUCUUCUUUAUCUGAACCACCUUAUCCACGAUGUAGAAUUCUAACGUUGCAUGUGAAAUGCAGAUACCGCACAC